CAGUCCGCUCACAAACCGCUGCUAAAGGCACACGUAUUUUGGCUUUCAGAUGCAUACAUACAUACAUGUGUAUGUAUAUAUGUAUUCAGCCAAAAAAAAUCUCGUACAUUAAAGCGCGCUGAAUUGCACCAAAAGAGCGAGAGAGCGUAUAAGCUCCGUGCUCAAAACCGCAUUUGCAUCGGGUAAAAUCGGUAACCCCAUCUUUGCAUAGUCAGUAUGACGGCAAUAAUACUCCUGGCUUGCCACUCGGUUCGCGAACUCGUCGAUCUGUCAGAUGCUCUGUGGCAGAACACUUUUAAUAUCGAACGAAGUUUAAACUAUUAUCGCAUCAAGCGCCGUUUGGAACUGUUUCGAUUUCAUUGCCGCGAGCUUUGGUUGCGUCAGGUGUCAAAAACAUCCGAUCCAAUGCAUCGGAAGGCAGGCAUAGAUUUUGCAGCCAUUGAGGCGGGUGCAGACUGUGUCCUAAAUAUGGAUGCCUUUGACGAUACGACAACGGAACUACACAAGAGGUUUUUACAGGCGGAGGGCACAAGACCCUUUCCUUCGGAUUGCAUCAGCGGCAUCGAGGUGGUGGAUGGAAAUGAAUUUAAAGCCUCAUUUUACGAAUAUGCAGAUGCUGUGCCAAAAUAUUUUAACGACCAAAUAGGGAAAUUGAGCGAAGGGAUAAGUUUCACGGUGACUGGGAAUCUCUCUGUAAACUGCGAGAGGUUUUCCAUCAAUCUGGUUUAUAACAAUGACUCUCGAGAUGUGGCGCUCCACAUUAAUCCACGGUUGCCACAAAACUAUAUUGUCCGCAACACCAAAGUACAGGACAUUUGGGGAAACGAGGAAGUGUCCUCGGCAUUGCCGUUUCUACUAAGUCGAGGCGAGGAGUUUUCCAUUCAAGUGCUAGUUACUGAGGCAUGCUAUAUGAUAUCGGUAAACGGACAACACUUUGCAGCGUACACUCAUCGAAUCCCUUAUAGGGAUGUUCGCAUUCUGGAAGUGAAGGGAGAUGUAAGUAACGUGGAAAUGAAGCGAACUUUGGUCUUAAAAUAUCCUGAGCGAUUACCCCAGUCAGAGGCUAAUAACAUUGAGCUUCACAUAGAUGAUGGGAUUAAUGAAAUUGAUGCCAGCGUUGAGGAGACUGUUAAAAUACCUCAUGAGUGGUGCAUUAUUAGCGCCCCGAACACACAGUCGGACAGUUCGCCUAAGCGUAACAAUAGUUCGAAUGAUCUUGGCCUUACUUUGCCUUAUUAUGGAGCAUUGCCACCAAAUUCGUUGGUCGAUGGUCGAUGCUUGAAGAUUGAAGGGAGAGUGCGAUUACUUCCCCACUCGUUUUAUAUAAACCUGCAACAGGGGCAGGACAUAUGGCCACAUCCAGUAAUUGCAUUCCACUUAAACCCACGUUUUUCGAAAGCAAGCAGCGGCGCUAUUGGAAAGGCGGUGGUGUGUAGGAAUGCCUGGCUUAAUGGAGCUUGGGCACAAGAAGAGCGUUCGGAGUUUGACACAAACUUUCGCCCUGGUCGGUCUUUUUGUUUAGCCAUUGUUUGUACCAAAACAUCCUUUGAGGUGUAUGUCAAUCGGCAGUUUAUGACUGAUUUUAAAUAUAAGGUUAGCCCUGAGGUGGUGGACACUGUCUACAUACAAGGAGAUGUUAAACUUUGGAAUGUAACGCUGGAAAAAAAUCAGAUGAUUAAAGGCAAAAAUAUGCGAGUCUAUCAGAAUCCGUGGUUCUUUAGUGAGUAGUAGCUGUUCAUGUUUUUAUUUUUUAGUAGUUUAGCGACAAUAAAAAAGUGAUACGCUCGUGUUUCAUUAUACAAUAUUUUUGUUAAUAAAUAAAAUUAUGGUAACGUCAUCCG